UACUGCGAUUAUAAAAAACACGCCAGCGCCAGCUGAUUCGGAUUCGUUCUUCAAAAUAUUGAAUAUUCUAAAUUUUGUUCAUAAGUAAUCCGAAGUUAGUUGAACAAUAGUAGCAAAUCCAACGUAGAUAUGCAGUUAGAGGUGUUGAAAUACUUCAAAUGGCUGUCCACAAUCGUGAUAAUUGCCACCCUCGUAGAAUCCGGCUUGUCCUCAACUGAUACGCAGGAGGGGUCCACGGAUGGCAAACCAUCCUUGCAAAUAACGGAGAAAAUUUAUUCAAACAUCUUCGUUAGGAAACGGGAAGAGCACAAACUAUUGGUUAAACACCUAUUGGCAACAGAGGACUAUUCGAAGCGAUAUGAGCUGCUUAAACUAGCACUGAAGGAAAUUCUGAAGAUCCUCCAAGAAGACGGUGAUAAAUUGCGGCUUAGUAUGAUAACGGCAGAGUCCGAUUUCCCCAAGGAUACCGCCGAAGUUGAAGCGUUAGCUCGAUUUCUGGAAAAUACCUGCUUUUUCGGCGAGCUCAUUCUCCACCUCCCGGACAUAUCGUACCGCAUUCUGAAAACCCUCGACGACUGGAAGAAGCUCGUCAUCGAAUCCCUAAUCUACACUCGAAGCUUUGUCAGCAUUCUGGAUCAGAAAUCACUCGAGCUUCUGGGACUGCUCGAGCAGGAAAUUGACGAAAGCAAACGGUCCGACACCUACGUCAACCCAUAUCGGGAGAAAGCAGAAAGAUCCAGCAGUUCUCAAACCAAACCCACUAAGAAAAAGAAGCCCAAUCUGAAGAAAGGGCCCCAACUCUCCGGCGGACCAAAGACUGAACUAUGAUGUCAAGUAAGUGACGAAAUUCAUUCUUUCAAUGUUUAAUUUACGCGUCCUAUGUAUAAUCAUAA